AUGACCAACAAGAAACUUCCUCCUGCUGAAUUUGACGAGGCUCCUGCCGUCGCUCCUCCUGCUGUCGCCCCCCCUGCAGCUCCUGCCGUAGCCCCUCCUGCUGUCGCCCCUCCUGCAGCUCCUGCCGUUGGCACUGGGCCUCCAGCAGGCUUCACGACCCCUUGGGUGGUCCCCAUCGGUUAUGCGUUCCACCUUCCCAAUCCUGACGACGAAGGUCCCUUCUAUAUGAUUACCCGUGGACGUGAGGUGGGCAUCUUCGCUGGAUGGGACAUAACCUCCCCCCUUGUCACUGGGGUUCCUGGCGCCGUCUUCCGCGCCGUACCCAGCAUUGCUGCAGCGCAAACGAGGAUGGUUUCUGUCAUUGCGAGCGGCGCAUCUGCCAUCAUCCCCUAA